GGGCCCACGGAGGCCGAGGACAGCGAAGAGCCGCCACCGCGAUUUGGUCGUGGCUUUGGAGGUCCGGGCUGCCCAUACGUGGUGGCCACUCCUGCGCGCAGCCGUUGAGAAGCUGGGCGCUCUCCUGGACGACGAGAGCGCCGAGGUGAGGCGGGCGGCCGCGGAGGCGCUGAGCCGCCUCGGCCCGCAGACCGCGGCCCUCGAGGAGAGGGUGCUGCGGCUGCUGGCAGACGCCGACGUCCGCGUGCGCGCCGCGGCUGCGCGCGCCGCGGGCAGCUUCGGCGAGGUAAGAGUGGCUGCCAUUGGAUCUCUCGCGAGAUUCGGGCCUCGCGGCCAGAUGUAUGCCGACAUCGCGCGCAGUAUGCAGGACGAGGACUGCGGCACCGCAGUCGCCGCGAUAGAGGCGCUUGCAGGCAUGGGUCAAAGGUCGGAGGGUGCAAGCUGUGCACUAACACGGGUCUUGGGCGCAGAAGCGGUGCAUAUGCCUCGUCCCUCGUCGUCGUCCUCCUCUUUCUCCUCGUGCUCCUCCUCCUCCUCCUCCUCCUCUUCCUCCUCCUCCUCCUCCUCCUCAAGGCAUCUGGGUGAGGAGCACAGGUGCACUGAGCGACAGGCGCUCGCUCCCACACGUUUCCCUGCAUGCCUCUUUUCUGAGACAUCCCCUCUUGCAUCUUAUCCAUGCGAAUGGCUUAUAGAUGCUUCUGCGUGGGCUGCUGGCUCCUGAUCGUCAUCGAGGGCUGGACUUCGUGUCGGCUUCCCCCGGCACUUCAUGGUGGAGGGCGCAGAAGUGCGGGGACGAGAUUACCGACCGAAAGGGGAACGCGGACCGCAUGAAGGAGGGUAUGAACGACACCACGGGCGAGACUGCGCGCGGUGAGCGCACUCUGACUGACGCCUGCCUGGACAGGGCCCCGUCCCAGAACGAACUGAAUCGAUUGUAUGCGGCCCGCGAUCCUCCUCUUCUCCCCUCUGUCGUUGCGAUCGAUUGCGCGAUUUCGGGCCCGACCGAUUCGAGCUGAACUUGCCUCUGACCGUCUCAAUCCGUUUGCGUUUUUGACCUGUAGCUAUGCGGCUACUGCGCUAUGUUGUGUCGGGGUGAGCUUAUUCGUCGUUCACCUUCGGCCCGCUAUGUAGUGUGGAGUGCCUAGGCGAGCCCCCCGCGGUUUCCCCAAAUGGGGGUCUUGCUUGGCCAGCGGUAUUCCCCUGCGGGGCCCCAAAGAUUAUCGUGCCCCAAAGUGGUUCUCGAACACCUGAUCCGUUUUUUGUUUUUCCCUUGAGGGCCCUCAGGGUGCGCUUGCUCGAGGCCGCGGUACUUAAUCGGAUCAUUGGUGCUGCUCUGCUCUGCUCUCUCCUCACUUUCCCCCUCCUCCUCCUCCUCCUCCUCCUCCUCCUCCUCCUCCUCCUCCUC